CCCAAACCACUCCCAGCCUGGCCAGGAAAAGCAAUACCCUAUAUAAAUGAUGGGGAAUGAGUCAGAAUGAGGUACAAGUAGCAAUAAUACUAGCUCUAACAAAAGUCAAUAGCUUGGAAAUACUCCCGGAGAGUUCAACGUGCCAAUGAUCAACAGAGUCAAUAUAGAGUACGCAAGUAUCCGAGCUGUUCUGAGGUGAAUGCAACAUGUCUUUGUCUGCACCUUUCGAGCCAGGGAAUUUUAACUGCUGAGUGAACUCCCCAGGUUUUGCGGUCCUCAAGAGGGCUUGCUGAAGCCCAAGUCAGAGGUUUGUCAACUAAGUCAGGCAUCAGGCGAGCUACAGUAUGUUAGCAGAGGCACAUUCGAGAAGCUGCAACAAAAUGACACACUAUGACACAAACAGACCUGAAUUGCUAUGACGUAAGUUGGCACUUUUGAACACUUGUCUUGCCUGCUGCAAACGAGCGUAGCCUUGGCCUCGGUUCCUUGCAAAAGGAGCAGCUUGUUUUUGCAAUAUAAAAGCCAACGCAGGCAAUGAAUCGUAGAUGUAAGGCUUUCUGUUUUGAUAUUGGAAUGCAUACUCAGGUGGCAGCAAGUUUUGUCACGUGCGAUUGCCAAGUCAAUAGUUUGGGCAUAUUUCCUAGUUGGUUGGAGGUAUCUAUGACAGCCCUGCACAACGGCUCUGAAAAUUCAGAGAGCUUGUGGACUAUCAUAUGGCAAAGUCCUGUGUUUGUUUGUGCCUUCCUGGCCAGGGAACCUGAAGUACCCAAACGAAAGCAGCCUUAGCCGCUUCAGCCUUGGCCUUGGUGCCUCGUGGAAAGAGCGCCUUGCUUUUGCAAUGUGAAAGGCAAGCUGAGGCACCACAUCGCAGGUGCAAUAGUUUGGACAUACUCGCUAGUGGUUGGAAGUAUCUUUGACUGCGCUGCGCAAUAUUUUUGAACGAUCCCGGAGCUUGCAGACCAUCAUAUGUCAUAUGCAACAUGUCUUUGUUUGGGCCCUUCGUGUCAGGGGGUCUCAAAGGCCUAAAUGAAAGCAGCCUUAGCAUGGGCCUCUGUUCCUUGUACAGAGAGCUUGCUUUUGCGAGGCAGAAGGCCAGCUGAGGUGAUCCAUCAUAGAUGCAGGAUUUUCGACAAGGCUGGAAUGCAAACUCAGGUGGCUGCAAGCUGCGUCAUGUCCGAUUGCCAAGCCAAUAGGUUGGACAUAUUUCCUAGUAUGUUGGAAGAAGGGUGGUGGCCGAUCCAAUCGGAGUUUACCGAACGAUCUCAAAAAAUAUCGACUGUAAACAUGGUCUUUGGCAACCUCUACCGAAGACGGUCCGCCGGCACCUCUGAAGAUGUGGACCUGGUAUAACGCCAAAUGAUUGGGGCAAUGAAUGGUGGGAGAGAUUCUUCUUUGCAGAAAGAAUCUUGAUAUGUCCUGAUCCUCUUUGGUACGUGCCUUGAUCCAUAUCGGCUACCAUACCGCGUAGAAGACAGAAAGCCUUUGCCUUCUAGUCUAAGGCAUCUCAGCGCUUCAAUUUCUUCAACAUUUUGUUAGAAGCUACGCAUAUCAAGAAUACAGUUGCGAAUUGGGUCAUGUAUACUGGGUACUAGUGAGAUGGGAUCUUGUGGACAUCCGAAAUUUCUGCAUGAGUAAGAUGAGAUAGGAUUGUCCUAGCAAAAAGGAGGUAACAGCCUUCCGGGCUGUUCCAAGGUGUAUGCAGCAUGUAUUUGUCUACUCCUUUCGAGCCAGGGAAUUUUAACUGCUGAGUGAACUCCCCAGGUUUUGCGGUCCUCAAGAAGGCUUGAUGAAGCCCAAGUCAGAGGUUUGUCAGUUUGUCAAGUAAGUCAGGCAUCAGGCCAGCUACAGUAUGUUAGCAGAGGCACAUUCGAGAAGCUGCAACAAAAUGACACACUAUGACACAAACAGACCUGAAUUGCUAUGACGUAAGUUGGCACUUUUGAACACUUGUCUUGCCUGCUGCAAAUCAGCCUAGCCUUGGCCUCGGUUCCUUGCAAAAGGAGCAGCUUGUUUUUGCAAUAUGAAAGCCAACGCAGGCAAUGAAUCGUAGAUGUAAGGCUUUCUGUUUUGAUAUUGGAAUGCAUACUCAGGUGGCAGCAAGUUUUGUCACGUGCGAUUGCCAAGUCAAUAGUUUGGGCAUAUUUCCUAGUUGGUUGGAGGUAUCUAUGACAGCACUGCACAACGGCUCUGAAAAUUCAGAGAGCUUGUGGACAAUAUGGCAAAGUCCUGUGUUUGUUUGUGCCUUCCUGGCCAGGGAACCCGAAGUACCCAAACGAAAGCAGCCAUAGCCGCUUCAGCCUUGGCCUUGGUGCCUUGUGGAAAGAGUGCUUUGCUUUUGCAAUGUGGCAGGCAAGCUCAGGCACCACAUCGCGGAUGCCAGAUUCUUCAUUUGGGUGGUAGAAUGCCUACCCCGGUGACAGCAACUUGCGCAAUGUGCGAUUGCCAGGUCAAUCGUGUGGACACAUUUGCUUGUGGUUCAAAGUAUUUUUGAGAGCCAGGUUCUGAAAGCUCCAGGAGCUUGCAGACCACCAUAUGUGAUAUGCAACAUGUCUGAAUCUGUGCCUUUGUUCCUUGAAUAAAGAGAUUGCUUUUGCGAUGCAGAAGGCCAGCUGAGGUGAUCCAUCAUAGAUGCAGGAAUUUCCACAAUGCUGGAACACAUACGCAGGUGGCAGCAAGUUUCGCUAUGUGCGAUUGCGGUUGUUUUGAAUUUGGAAGUACCUUUGAUGGCACCGCACAAAAGUUCUGAAACAUCUUAAGCCUUCUGGGCUGUCGUAAGGUGUAUGCAACAUGUGUUUGUCCACACCUUUCGACAAGGCUGGAAUGCAAACUCAGGUGGCUGCAAGCUGCGUCAUGUCCGAUUGCCAAGCCAAUAGGUUGGACAUAUUUCCUAGUAUGUUGGAAGAAGGGUGGUGGCCGAUCCAAUCGGAGUUUACCGAACGAUCUCAAAAAAUAUCGACUGUAAACAUGGUCUUUGGCAACCUCUACCGAAGACGGUCCGCCGGCACCUCUGAAGAUGUCAGGGAAAGUGUCAGGGCAUGGACCUGGUCAGGCAAGCUGAGCUCGUGUCACCGGGCUUGCCUUCGAGAUGGUUGAAUGGCCGAGGAGGCUCUUUUAACUCCCGCCCCCUGUUUUUGGUUACCAUGCCGCGUAGGAGACAAAAACCCUUGCCUGCCUUCUAGUCUAAGGCAUCUCAGCGCUUCAAUUUCUUCAACAUUU